AACAUGGAUGUUCUUCUUGCAUUUGGCUUCAAAGCUCCCUAAAGCAAGAAAUUAACAACAACCCUUAUCUUUAAACCAAAAAUUUAUUAAACACUCUUAAAUUAUAAAUUAUAAACUUCAAAAAAGAGGUAUCUAAUUACUCAAAAAUUUCAACCAAAUAUGACUGGUUCACCUUGUGGUGCUUGCAAAUUUUUGAGGAGGAAAUGUGUUAGAGGGUGUGUUUUUGCACCUUAUUUCUGCCAUGAACAAGGAGCUACUCAUUUCUCAGCCAUUCACAAGGUUUUCGGCGCGAGCAACGUGUCGAAACUCCUUGCUCAUUUGCCGGUGGGUGAUCGUAGUGAGGCGGCCAUCACCAUCUCAUAUGAGGCUCAAGCUAGGCUCCAAGACCCAAUUUAUGGGUGUGUUUCCCAUAUUUUUGCCCUACAACAACAGGUUGUUAACUUACAAGCACAACUAGCAGGUUUAAAGCAAUUACAAGCAGCUCAAGGGUUAUGUAGCAGUAAUUCAACUCAAAACCCUAGUGAAAGAUCAUCUUCUAACUACCCACAAGAUGUUCAAAGCUGGUUGCAAUCUGAAUACCCACAGAUGAUGCCACCAUUUAAUUCAACUAAUUUCAAUUGUACCGCGGAAUCUUCAGCAAUUUAUGGAUCAAAUCAAGGUGGAUUUGUAAAUCAUAACCAUAACUCAAUGGUACUUCAAGAUGAUCAAGAUGGAUCUUUUGCUAGCUUUGAAGGUUCUUCUUCCAUGGCUUCUCUAGACUUUGAAAAUAAAUCAAAAUGGCCUUAUCAAAACGUCGUCGACGAUCUUCACUCUAUGGCUUUUGGUUACUCUCAACACUCAUGAGAUGAAAGAAAGCAAAUAAAUCAAGAUGAGUUGAGGUUGAAGAAGAUAGAUAAAGUUCAAUAUGAUCAUUAUUUUAUCCAAUUUUUUAGAUGCAACUUGCAUACAUCUUCUCUUAGCUUCUACCUUUUUUUUUUCUUCUGUGGAUCAAAGUAUGAGUUUUGGCUACAAUGAUUAAAUAGAAUCACCAUAUAUAUAAAUCUCUACCUUAGAUUCUAGAUAUAUAAUAUGUUAAUUAUUUUUAGAAACCCUAAUUUUCAAUCAUCUCCUUCUAUAGUAAUGUUUUCUUAGAUCUUAUGUAGCCAUGAAAGAUGUUAAAUCAAUGAUAAUAAUGUGAUUUUCUCUCAUGACCUUUUUAGUUGGACCUGAUAAAGACCUAAAAGUUAAUUUGACCUAAAAAUCAUUUGUUCCUUAAACAUCUUUUGCCAUAAAGUUUUACCUCUUUGUUAACUAACCCUAAUAAUCUUCCUUCUAUAUAUCAGAUUCCUUAGCUUUCU